CUCCUCCUCCUUCUCUUUCUCCAACCGCCAUCUCCGACCCCCCUCCUCGUCCCUCCUCGACUGGCGCACCUGGUCUUACCGCCACCGCUUUCUCCCUGUCUGGUGCCUAUGAUCUGAGCCCGUGCCUGGCCGUCUUCAACGGGCCCGACAAACAAACGUUUUCGGCUAGCCAGCAUCUGCGGUAUCGCCAGAUCUCCGUCCCCCACCGAUCCCUCGCGUAUCCUCCUCUGCCCUCGGGGCAUAUGAACUCCUCCGCUUGAGCUCGUUCACCCUCUCUCCCUACCCCUCGUACUUUCUUCCCCUAUGCCUGGUGUCUCUAGGUCCCAGCGCGCGGAGGCAAAGUACAAUGUAACCCUUGACUAUCCCAACCUCGGGCUUCACUCUGCUGCAUCGUCUGGAAACCUUGGCCUCGUAACCUAUGCGAUUGACCACGGUCAACCUGUGAACUCUGUUCUCGACGGCGUCCUCCCCCUCCAUGUCGCAAGCUCAGGGGGGAACGACUUGAUUGUUCGGCUCUUAAUCGAGCGUGGAGCAGAUGUCAACGCCCCGAGGCUACCCCGCAAAUAUUCCAGCGACAGACACAGAGAUGCCUCCGCACCCAUCGUAGGAACCUCCGGCGCGACGCCUAUGCAUUUCGCAGCUGCAAACGGACACGAGAACGUGGUCCUCACCCUCCUCCUACACGGCGCACACCCCUGCCGCGCGGACAAGCAUGGCGUGACCCCGGAAAUGCUCGCGCGCCAGAACGGCUGGACCCGGUGUGCCGACCUAUUGAAUCAAUGGACGCACGAAAUGGACAAGGACUUACGCGAACGCGAGGUGCUUGGCGGCGCCCCCGCGCCGGAGGCCGAGCCAUCCUCGCGUCUCGAAUUGCUGCUUGAGUGCAAGGUCGCCGAGAAGAAGGUCAAGGUCAAGCGCUCAAUUGACAACGCUCUACACAUGCUCAGGCCGGGACUGCCGACCCCUCCGACGUCGGGUCAGCUCCAGUCCGAUGCCUCAUACACGACGUCACCACCUCCUAUGACGGAGAAGACGUUCUCAGAUCACUCUGCAGACGCCAAUGAGCCCUAUCCAAGGCGGCCCUCACUCCCGCACAUAUUCGACCCAGCGCCGUACAUGCACAGUUCACCGCAGAGCCAAUCAAGCCACCAACAUACCAAGUCAUCAGGGCGGCCCUCAUUUUCAUCCUCACGCAGACCCCGGUCGGCCGGCACGGACGCCGAGCCUUCAGCCUCUACCUCAUCCACCCCAGGGCGACUCAGGGGCAAGAUCUCCCUCCUGCAUAUGUUCAAGAAGUCGGCCGGAGAUUCUCCUGCGUCCACAGCAGGUCUCCCGGCGACCCCGGACAGCAGGGAAAGCCUUUCUGGGUAUGCAUCGUCGAGCUCUGCGUUGACGUCCGCGUCCGCGUCGCCGGCGCCAGAGCGGGACACCGAUCAGAGCAGAGUACCGUCGUCACAAUCGCCGCUACGCGCGCGAGCAUCGGAGUCUGGGCUUUUGUCCUCUGCGGGAGGCUCGCCCUAUCUCACGACCAUCCCGAGCAGCCGGAGCAGGCUCACGAGCGAGAGCGCGUCCAUAGCGGAGCCCUUCCAACCGCCGCUUGCCGUCGAGUUGCAUCGCAAGCUCUCCGCAGAACGCCUUCGUGCCCGAUCCGGAUCGGGCUCCAGCUCGAAUGGCACCACAGAGGGUCUCGGCAACAACUCGUCGCCCCGUCCGUCCCAGCAAGCGCUCCCAUCGCAGUCCUCACUCCAAGGCCAUCGAAGUCCGCCUACGCGCCCGGGGAUACUUCGCCCCCAUCAUAGGUCUACCUCGUCCGGCCAGUCGCAGGCACCGCCAGUGCCGCAGUUACAGCCGGAAGGCUCCAUGCGAUCGCUGAGGUUCGAUUCAACUGCGUCCUCGCAGCCCAUGUCCUCGAAGCGGUCAGCUCUCAGCGUGAAGGUUUGCAACAGCGUCAACUCCCUCCGAGGGCGGGUCCAAGGCGGCGAGAGCCCGCGGUCGCCGCGGCACCCGUCGACGUCACGGACCAACGUCCGUGAGUCCCCGAGCUUCAGUGAUUCGGUACGCCGCGUCCCGUCGCAGGCUGUCGUCGACGACGAUGAGGAGGAAGGAUACGGAGAGGUCAUCUCUCCGCGCCUGGGCCUUGGUCUGGUACUUCCGGAAGGCAAGUCGCGCCUGAAUGAGCUCCGUGCGGACAGGCCGCGCCGGCCUUCCGCAGGCUCGCAAUUAUCGCAUGAUUCUUCACCUGUCCCGUCCCCCACUGCUGCCCAAGGCGAGUCGACGUUCGACUGCCCGUUCAGCAUAAACCGGCCCCCACCCCAAUCAUUCCCGUCCGACGGCGCACAAUCACAAUCGUCACGGCCGAACCUUCUUGGCAUCCAUGGUGUCGACAAUCGUGGUCGCGGCGAUAGCAUUGGGAGCAUGAGCACGAGCACCGACGCAAGCGCGAGCGCGCCACAAACCCCUCUACCCUCUGCGGGCUCUGCGCUCGGCCUCGGGCUGCAAAUCCGGUCCCCCGAAGCUCUCAUGCUAGACCUCCCCUCGUCGGCCGACCUGCCCCUCGUCUCCUCCUCCGAAGAGAGCGACAAGGACAAGGCGCGCAGCCGCACGGACUCGUCGGUGUCCGGGGUGUCCGGGCUCUCCGAGAUGUCUCCGCGGAUGCGCGGCGCGCACCCGCUCGACAUCGACAUCCGCGCGAUCAGCUCGCACGCGCAGGCGGAAGCCCUCGUGCAGCGCGCGCAGAAGAGCAUCCUCGAGAUGGAGGACGGCGACCUCGAGCUCCCCGGGCUGCUCUCAUCCGCGGGGAGCACUACCAGCGCCACGACGGGCGGCGCGAGCGCGCGCACGCCGCUGAGCGCGAAGCUCGCGGCGUAUGGCGAGACGCUGGCGAUCGAGCGGCGGUUCAAGGAGCGUGAGCGCGAGAUGGGGCGGAGCGUUAGUGGGAGUGCUGGGGGCGAGACGCCGUUUGGGAGCCCGACGACGCCGAGUGGGCGGAGUCCUGGGGGCGAGCUGAGGCCGCGCCAUUCGGAAAGGGGGCUGAGGAAGUUCAGUCUGGAGGAGAGGCCGGCUGAGUUCAGAGCACCCAGGCGGUCGAGACCGCGGAGACCGCAUACUGCUGACGGUGAUACCCAGGAUCCAUCGCCAGGCUUCCUCUCAGCCAGCCACAAGCCUUCGCUGUCCGGCAGCGCAGUGCUUGUCUCGCGCUCGUCUAGUUCGGCCGACGAGAACCACCACAUGCACGCACGCGUCGCGUCGACACCCUCGUCUGCGCGCACCCUCCCAGCGAUCUCCACCCCCUCCCCCACACGCAGCCCACCGCGUAUCGUGCGCUCACGCACACCGGACCCCGCUUCCCGCUAUCUCGCGGCCAGCCCCUCCUUCCAGAACCCAUCCCCCGCGACGUUCGGCGUACCGCUGUCGCGCGUGUCGACGGCGCCGCCGCGGCACGCCUCCCCAGACAUCAUCGUCAGCGAGCGCGAGAGGGAACGCGCGCGCGCGAACAAGCUCAUGAAGAUGGGACUUGCCGCGCACGACGUGUUUCCGCGCACGCAGUCGCCGUACGGGCAUGUGCGCAAUGGCGGCGGGAGCGGCGGGAGUGGCGGCGUGGGCGUGGGGAAGCAGCGGUUUGGGGGGAUCAGGGGCUUCGUGCAGACGCUUACGGGGAAGAGCUGAGCGUGAACGCUGUGGCCCCCUUCUUCCUCCGCAUUACCCCGUGCAGACGCUGUCGCGGAUCGCUGAGGCGUCCCGCCACCGCCAUGCCGUAUCGUCGACGUCGAUUGUCGCCGCUCGCCGUUAUUUUCGUUGCCACACCCUUUCUUGCAACACCCGCCGCCCAGUCGGCCGUGCGUCGUUCAACCAUCCCACUUGCAUCGCUCGACCAUCCAAUCAUUAUCAUCCAUCCAUCCACCCAUUCAUUCAUUCGUACUCACUCGCACACUCACUGACUCCGGGCGCGCCACGCGCCGCCCGCCCAUCUUGUCGCAUUCGUUUCGCUCUCGCCUCGUUCGA